UUACUCAGUUUGUGUUCAUUGGACUUUUUCUAUAUUGAGUGAUUUAUCGAUGAACUCUGGGAGAAUGAGUGAUCCACCAUGGGGGAAAUACAUCUCCUACAUUUCAGUGAUUUAGGAAAACAUUGAGGACAUUUUUGUGUUGUGAGUUUGAUGAUCUGUUCGUCUGGUUUGAUUUAUUGAUUAUUGAUGAUCUAGAGGAGAGUGGAGAAUUCGAGACAAGUGGAAAAGGUUUCCGUCAGCCGUCGGUCGUGUCACGACGUAUGAGGACCCCGCAAGUGGUGUAAAAGCCCGGUGAGAUGGAUGUUACACCACGUAUAAACGAAGUAGUGACGAUAUAUGGAUACCCAUGGAUGGAAUUUGGCCGAAAUGUGCCAGCGAUACCAUCACGCUGUACCAGGAGUCCAGAGCUCAUCACCGAGUAGAGAACAGACUGGUGCCGUCGUGCAGGGGCUGUCAACUGCCCCUCACGUCGAACAGGCCAGUCCCUCUUAUUCCCACUAUACGAUGUUGGACAAUUAUGACAGGUCUGAGGUGACAACGCCGGUCAGUUAUGGGAGUUCUCCGGGUCUUCUGGCUCUUCAUUCCUCCCUGUACGGGACGCCAACCUCACGGGGAUUCGAUAUUGAUUCGAAUAUCGAUGGAAAUGAAAGUGGACUACCUCUGGAUGCUCAAAUUAUUCCGAUACCAGGUAUGUUGAACAGUCCUGCACAGCAGAGACUAGAAGACAUGUCCUGGUUAGCAUCAGGCCCGUCACUGGACUAUCAGCAGAGUCUCUCAUCGAUUCCUGGUGGCGUAAAGAUGUGUCAUCCCGGCAACUCGGCACAGCGAAGCCUCAAGGAACAACGGAUCAGGCGGCCCAUGAAUGCCUUCAUGGUGUGGGCAAAGGUCGAGCGAAAGAAAUUGGCCGAUGAAAAUCCUGAUCUCCACAAUGCCGAUCUCAGCAAGAUGCUCGGGAAGAAAUGGAGAGGUCUGACCCCCCAGGACCGCCGUCCCUACGUCGAAGAAGCCGAGAGACUCCGAGUAAUUCACAUGCAGGAGCACCCAAACUACAAAUACCGACCGCGUCGUAGAAAACACGCAAAAAGAGCACCAGGUGCACCAGCAUCACCGCCAUCAUCAGCAAAUACCCCGGGAACUAGGUCGACACCAGUCGGGGGCACGUCGGUGCAUCACUCAAUGACAAAGAUGGACGGAUACCAGGGGAUUCCCCAGUUACCCUGGGGCGGACACUCGCCAAUUUCCUCGUUGUAUCAUCAGCAAGGUCAACAUGGCAUGCAGGACUAUAAAUCGGAGAAUAAUUCAUUGUACGGGAGCCCGUAUACUCCGAUCAUUCACACUCCUGAUGCAUCACCCAUUGCUAGUCCCGAACCUGAUGGGGACGGGACGCACCUUCCAUCCUCACAGAAUCCGGACCCGGAGAGGGAACUUAUGGAGGGUACUAAACACAAUGAGAUGGUUGAACAGAGCAAACGCUACACCUACAUGAACACCGACAGUCAGUUGCAUACUGGACAUGCCGGAGGCACUACCAUAUCAUCCUGUCAGAAUACUCAUGGAUACACCGACACUCUGACCUAUAAGAAAUCCGUAAGUUAUUUGAACUUCGAGAGACAAACAACGAGUAUAGCUGCUGUUGGAAUUGCUAAUGGCAUGAUGGUAUCCUGCAACAAACUGAGGUCUGGUUUUGACAAUGUUGGCUCGGUUACCGGAACGUUUUAUCCACCGGUUGCUUCGCCACACGAUCAAACGCUCCAUUACAGUAGCCCACAGCCAUCCAAGGGGGGCAGUUACUCGAUGCAGGCUAAUGUUGAGAGUAAUUAUAAUCAUCAGAUUAAUUGUGGGAGUAGACAGCAGAGUGUGGGUUUGAGGAAUACUAAUGAUCAAUGUCCAACCGUAUCCCAUCGUUAUCAACUGCACCAUCAAGAGUACCAGCCAGAGCCCCAGUCAAACCAACAACACGUGCUGAGCCACCUGGAACCCACAAUGACGGAAGAGGAGCAGGAACAAUCCCUGCAGUUCGAAAAAUACUACAAGUACACACAUCCAACGAGCAUCGCCCACACAACCAUGACAACUCAGAGUCUCCUGGACAGCAAUCACAAUUACGCCAGUGAUUUGCGUUAUUACACCCCUCAGCAGAGCCAGAUGGAUCUCUCCAACAGUCAGUGCAUCGUCGAUGAUCAGCAGAGCAAGGAUAACCAGUGUUCAUCGAACAGUGGACACUCGAUUGAUCAGUAUCACCAGAGUAUCGACAUGGCGAAGUACCAGGAGCAGCAGCAGGCGCAUCAGCAGCCUCCGCACCCCAGUCAGCCCCAGGGGAUCGAUCAGGUGUCGAAGAGUGAUGAUGACUUCAGUGUCAUUCUCGCUGAUGUCAGGAAGACCUGCUACAGCAGUUAGUGAUACGAGGAUAGGAAUCUCAGCAAAAUGCGAAGGGGGGAAUGAGAGGAAGAAUCGAGCGGAAAUGACUCGAAAUUCUUGAAGGCUUCUCCGCGUGUCUUAUCGUCAGAUCUACUCCGGGACGAAUUUUGCUUCCAGGAAACGUGGGUUUCCUUUCUCACACACUGUUCCAGGUUUUUGAUUAUGGGGGAACGUAGGAGGAAAUUUCGUAGAAAAAUCUAGCGAAUUCUCUUGGAAAUUCUAAUGGAUUUCUAUGGAAAAAUUCCACAGCCUGUUUUCGCGUUUUUUAAAUAGAAUUAGAUUUUUCUAUACAACUUAUUUUAUCUAAAUGUCUUCUGCAGAAAUUCAUUGGCUCCAGAUUUCUAAGUGUUUUAUUUUAUUUGUUAAUGAGAAGAGAUGAAAAAUAAAGUGAUUAAACUUGGAAAAUUCGUGGCGAAGAAUUACUAUAGAAAAUGUACAGUGAAAUUAUACUAAUUAUGUCUAUAAAAUAUUUUCUAUUGGUUAUUUUCUGUAAAAAAGGCAUAGUAAAGUGGCGGAAUUCGUCAAUAGAAUCGGUUAAAAGCUAAUGGAAUUUUCAAUAGAAAUUCAAUAGGAAGUCAAUAGUGUUUUCUGUAGAAUUCUUUAGGGUUUUCUAGGAAAUUCUUUCGCGUGAAUUCAUUCCGAUGGACAGAUCGAUGUGUUCUAAUGAGAAAUAUGUACAUUGUUAAAUAUUAUUGGCUGGAAUUUUCGCUGCAUUGCAAGAAUAUUUCAAUCAAGCUGCAGUUUUACCGAAAUUUUAAGGAAUUUCAUGAUUGGAAAUUCACAAUUUUAUAGAAAAAUC